AUGGCCAUACCUUCCACAAAAAGGCGUAAGAUCCAGGAACACCAUGUUGGCUUGGAGGAACGGCCCACGGAGCAGGCCCGCAACUCACAGCGCAAAAGGGCAGAGCGACAUAGUGACCAUGCAAGCAGCAGCUUAAACCCCGUCUCAAAGUCGACUUCGCUAGCUCAAAUUGAAGAAUGCUCUCCAAGAUCUGCCAGCUUCUUGGAGUCAGAGAACCGCAACCUAAGUCUCAUAGACUUUCAAGUCAGCGAACUAAUAAAUCGUGUACAGCCAAAGUAUGAUCGCAUGUGCAAGCUAGACAGCGCAUUGCGUAAGCUCACAAGAAUUAUUCAUGCUAUCCCAGACCGGGAACCAAUGUCAUUGAGCGACGCGAAGCAUGUCCAAAGUACCACACACAAAGUCAACAUACCUUUUCCAGAAGUCCAUUUCAAUAAAGACAUUAGGUACAAGCUCUCUUAUGCCCAGCCUGCGAGUAUAGAGGUCACCGGCUGCUAUGCCCGAAGAACCUCCAUCAAUUUACACGAAAAGAUCCUUGUAGACUUGGCUAUUGGAAUGCCCUCCCGACUUUUCGAAGAUAAAGAUUUCAUGAAUUAUCGCUAUUUCCACAAACGUGCAUACUAUCUCGCUUGUAUUGCGACGGCAGUUCGAGAAAACUCGAACUGUCAUUUCACGCUUGAAUAUGCUGAUCAAGAUGAUAAUGCUUUACAGCCAGUGAUUGUUGUCAACCCUAGUAUUGACAAUGGUGAGGACGAUUUCCGAAGCACUAAAGCCAGAAUACGUAUCGUCCUUCACGCUAGCCAAGAUCUCUUCUCUUUGAAGAAAACUUUACCGACCCGAAAUUGCAUUAAAAAUAUAGACUCAUGCAAUGAUGAUAAAACGUUCACGAUCCCUACGCCUUUUUACAAUGCUACCCUUAGGUCUGAAUGCUCUUCAGUGGCUCAUGAUAGAGCAAUUAAAAUAGCCUCUGAGAACGCAAGUGCAUUUAAAGCAGCCAGUAUCUUGGGUGCCGUUUGGCUUUCGCAGCGAGGCUUUGAUAGCAGCAUUUCAUCCGGCGGGUUUGGAUCUUUCCAAUGGGAUUGCAUUAUGGCUCUGCUUUUGCUGGGUGGCGAUCACAAGGGCAGUCCGGUCUUGUCCACGAAAUACACAGCUUAUCAGAUGUUCAAAGCAACUCUUCGGUACCUAGCAACAACGAGUUUAGUGGACUCACCAAAGGCUAUUAUGAGCAAUGAUCCACAUCAUGCUGGAUUUCAAGUUCCGACUUUUUUUGACGGUGUGAGAUGUGUCAAUGUCUUAUUCAAAAUGACGUUAUGGUCAUAUCAUGCUCUGCGCCAUUCAGCCAUCAAAACCAAUGAAAUUCUUGCGGAUCCUCUGGUGGAUCAUGUUGAUGCAUGUUUCCGUCAGAGAGUGAAUUUUCCUAUCUAUGCAUACGAUUGUGCAAUUCGAAUGCCAUGCAAGAACAUUGCUUGUGAUCAAGGUCGGCUAUCACUCGUAGACUGUCAAGGCGGUAUUCCUCUAGGCGAAUUGUACACAGUCCUGCAGGAGGGACUUGGUGAUCGUGUCACAAGAAUUGAUAUCAGAAGUCCUCCUUCUGAAACGCGGCAGAUAGGAACUUUAUCAAGACAAAUGUUGGAAGGGGGGAAGGUUUUAAUAGGCUUCGACGUCAAUGCGAAAACUGCUAAUCGACUUAUCGACAAGGGACCCUCUGCAGAAGACAUUUCAGCUUCUCAAGGCUUCAGAAAUUUCUGGGGAGAGAAAGCAGAGCUCAGGCGUUUCAGAGACGGCAGUAUCCUCGAAAGCCUAGUUUGGUCGUCCGAUGAGGGAGAUGGAUCUAUACUUUCACAGAUAAUUCGAUAUUUACUGAAUAAGCACUUAGCCAGAAAUAUCGCCGAAAGCAUUGAAUUUGCAGACGAUGUUGUCCUGGGCUCAAUUUUUCGCCUCGACAUAUUGAACUCAACAGAUUGUCUGGCUCCAUAUCGACCGCUAAUCACCGCCUUUGAAGCUUUGCAGAAAGACAUACGUGCAUUGGAGGGUUUACCACUUCGGAUUCGUCAAGUUUCACCGGCGGAUGCUCACUUGCGCUACUCCUCUCAGAAGGCGCCCAAGGCUAGCGCUUCUUUCUUUCGCGGACGAUUGAUGAAUCUAUGCGUCCGGUUCGAGGGAUCAAAUCGAUGGCCAGACGAUUUGAAUGCCAUACAGCGGUCAAAGAUUGCGUUCCUCCUGAAGAUGGCUGAGCGCCUCCAAGAUCAAACGAAUGGCCUUAAUGCUUACCUAGGGCUUGAGCAUCUUUCCAGACCCUGGCAGAAUGUGCCGUUCCUAGAUAUUCACUAUCCUACAGGAGCGGCCUUCCGCCUACGAUUAGAUGUCGAACACGAAAAAUACUUGAUCGAAAAAGAGCUCAGUAUGACGGCUAAAUCGACCACUGCGCGUGAAGCUGCAGCUUCGGCCCUAUCGGCUUAUAAGCGAAGCUUCAUCCAAACACCGUUACACACUCAAGCCGUGAGCACUCUCUGUACACGUUUCGCGCUUCUUUCCCCUUGCAUUCGUAUCUUGAAGGCUUGGCGCGACUCUCAUCUCCUUUCUGCGCACAUCAGCGACGAACUCAUCGAGUUGCUCACCAUUCGCACUUUUGUCCACCCGGGACCAUACUCUCUGCCUGGGAGCAUCAGGACUGGCUUUUCAAGAACACUACUCUUCAUCUCUAAAUGGGACUGGCGGCGGCAACCCCUUAUUGUCGAUCUCAAUGGCAACCUGAACAAGGACGAGGUAGAGGCAAUCAACACACGGUUCGAAGCAUGGAGGAGUAUCGAUCCUGCCAUGAGCAAGAUGGUUUUGUUUGCUGCCUCCAGUUUAGAUCUCGAUGGCAUCACUUGGACAGAGUCCGGGCCUUCCAAAGUAGCAGCAUUACGCUUCACUAGCUUAGCUAGAGCAGCGACAUCUUUAAUGGAAGGAAAAGGCUUCGACUUAGAGGUAGAAGGCUUAUUCGCCCCAGAUCUUUCCGGCUAUGAUUUCGUAUUCUACCUGAACCGGGAAAUCACAAACACUGCUAACGCUGGAGAGCCAGAAAUGAAUGGCUUCAAGAACUUGCAGAUUGAUCAACAGGCCGGUGUAAGACCGGCAGGUUUCGAUCCUGCCGACUUAUUUUUGAAGGAAUUGAGAGAAUUACACUCCAAGAAUGUGGUUCUUUUUUGGAACGCUGAUGGUGGAAGUGUUAUUGGGGGGCUCUGGAACCCAAUAACGACCUCAACCUCGUGGAGAAUCAACAUCGAUUUCUCGUCGACGCCCACUCUUGAGGCCAACAAUGAGAAUGCAAAGGUUAACAUCAAUAGAAUGGGAACUUUGAACGACAUUGCAAGGCUUGGGGGUGAUAUGAUUGAACGGCUCAAAGUGAGAAAUUGA